AUGACAUCGUCCAGACAUCAGUCACUCCUCACACCUGAGCACAUAUCCGCCAUUGAAGAGCUACAGCUGCGACCUGAUUUGUUAAUUUUACGCCCUGACAAGGGGUCCGGAGCAGUGCUGAUGGAUCGGAAUGACUAUGAGAAGAAGAUGGAAAGUGUUCUUGACGAUCCCAGCAAGUUUGUACGCGAAGAUAACUGUGAUGACCCCAAAGAACUAGAACAACGGAUAUCGACAGAAGUACAGUUUCUACUAGAAGGACACUUCAUCAAUGAAAGCACAGCUCACCAUCUGAAGCCAAAAGGAACUCAAACUCCACAACUGUGUGGUUUACCGAAACUACACAAACCCGGAGUGCCACUUUGA